CCAACCACCGUGCACGCCCUCCGCCGCUCCGCGCGUGCGCAAUGGGAAUACGCGACAUGGAGGACGACGAGACAGCCUCCGGGGGUAUUACCACGGUCGCCUCCCAAAUCGCCUCCAUCUGCGCAACGAUCGGUGGCCAGGGCGCACCUGGUACUGCAGCCCUGAGCGCCAGGCGAGUCGCUGCCGUUUCGGCCAUGAUCGACGAGGUCGCCCAGGGAAGGAGGAGGAAGAUGACGAGGAAGCGGCGCAUGGGCAACUCUCGCUGCUACGAGGAGGUGUGCACGCUCGGCGGGGGCACGUUCGGUGACGUCUUCAAGGCGCGGCACCGCGCCACCGGCCAGACCGUUGCCGUGAAGGCUCUCCGCUGCGAACGGUCCGACUCCAAACACGUCGUCAGCGAGCUCCUUCGGGAGGCCUGCAUCAUGGCGGCAUGCGGCGGCCACCCCUCGCUCGUCGCCCUGCGCGGCGUCGUGCGCACACCGCGCGAUGCCAAGGGGCGCAGGGACUACUUCCUCGUCAUGGAAUUCGCCGGGCCAAGCCUGCGCAAGGUCCUCAACAAGCGAAUCCGUCUCGGUCGCCGGCUGUUCUCGGAGAGGGACGUGCGCUCCAUCGUGCGGCAGCUGCUGGCCGGCGCGGAGGCGAUGCACACGCACGGCAUCAUGCACUGCGACAUCAAGCCUGAGAACAUCCUCGUGGUCCAGCACGGCGGCAGCAUCGUCGUCAAGAUCGGAGACUACGGGGCGGCGAUGUCCACGGCCGAGCGGGACCCCGACAAGUAUUGGGCUGCUGGGACGUGGGCGUACAGCGCGCCGGAGAUGCUGCUGGAGGAUCCCCGCUACGACACGCGCGUCGACCUGUGGUCCAUCGGCUGCGUGAUGGCGGAGCUCCUCACCGGGAACAAGCUGUUCCCAGGGGACGGCAUAGACGAGCUGCUCUACAAGAUCUUCGAUCUGCUUGGCACGCCAGGCGAGAGAGAGUGGUGGCCUGCCUUCGGUUCGCCGGGACACGAGGUACAGGAACCGCUAUGGCGAGCGCACCAACGGCUGCGCAAGCUGUUCCCCAAGAAGCUGCUGUCCAAGGAAGGGUUCCAGGUCCUCCAGGGGCUCCUCACGUGCGAUCCAUCCAGGCGGCUGGAUGCUGCCGCCGCGCUCCGGCUUCCGUGGUUCACGGACACCGGCGGCAUGCCGGUUGCCGCUGUUCCGGAGACUGGCGCUCUGAAGCCGCUGAGCUCUGUCAAAUAAUUAGCUGUUAAAGUAGUAGAAGACAUAGUUGCACGAGAAAUAGCGAGCAUACAAAGUUUUCUAGUAUAACCCAGAUGAUAAGUGUCACACGUGUGGAUGAAAUAAUCGGGUAAAUAUGAUAUACCAUCAACCAACAAGACCCGUUUGGAUGCAAAGUAUUUCCAAAGUAAGGUGUAUUAUUUUUUCAAAAAGUCAAAUUUCUCUAAGUUUGACCAAGUUUAUA